AUGUCAGACGCAGCGGUGGACACCAGCUCCAAGAUCACCACCGGGGACUUAAAGGAGGAGAAGGAAGAUGUGGACGAGGCAGAGAAUGGAAGAGACACCCCUGCUGAUGGGAACGCCAAUGAGGAAAAUGGGGAGCAGGAAGCUGACAAUGAGGUAGAGGAAGGAGAGGACGAAGGUGGGGAGGAAGAGGAGGAAGGCGACAGUGGAGAAGAGGACAGAGAUGAAGAUGAGGAAGCUGAGGCCACCAUGGGCAGACCAGCAUCUGAAGAUGAAGAUGAUGAUGUUGAUACCAAGAAGCAGAAGACUGAUGAGGAUGACCAGACAGCAAAAGAGGAAAAGGGUAAGCCCAUGGCCAUUCUUGAAGAUUCUUCCUGGGUUCCAGACCUGAAGGGAGCAUAUGGGAUGAGGAAGGACAGGGAGAAGCAGACAGCGCAGCUGGCAGUGGACUGGCCUGAGGUUCGACUGGGUGCAGAACUGGCUACUUCUGCAGCUUUCACAGUCAAGAAACUGGCUGGGGUGAUGGGAACUCAGAAGGACAACUGCAGCCUUAAAGCAUGA